UUCGGUACGGUUUUCGCACCCUGGACCGAGCCCGCGCCGCGCCGAGCCCGCCAUGGCGGCGCUGGAGGCUGCGUCCGGCGGUGGGUCGGAGAGGACCCACAGCUUGCCGCGCUUGCCGGGCUUGCCGUUCCACCAACGGCCGUCCGUUGGCACGUGGAAAGUUCCACAAUUCAAGCCCCGCGCAGUUUAUCGAGAUGCAGCGCGACGCGUGCCAGUGCCCCCGAUCCAAGAGGUGAAGCUUGGAGAGAUGUCGGUCGUUGCCGUGAGGCUGCAAACACCCGGCUCAUCUAAGUUUGGCCCAUUCCGGACGCCAACCCUCGACCAGGACGCCCCACGCGAACCGGCCGCCUUUGGUUGGGCCGUCCGUGGCCUUGCCAUCCGUGGCGCGGACGGAGAGUCUGGAGGUUCCCAAAGAGCCGAAGAAAGGAGGUUACCGAUGUGUUGGCACGUGGGUGAAGCCCCACUUUCCUCCGCGUACGGACUACAAGCCCCUGCCUGGAGUGCAGACGGAGCAAGACACGGCAGGCUGGCAAAUGGCCGAGCCCAGCGCAGACACCUGGGACACGUGGCAGGUAGCCGAGGUGGCCGAGCCCGGCGCAGACACUUGGGACACGUGGCAGGUUGCUGAGGUCGCCCAGCCAAGCGCGGACAGCUGGGAGGGUUGGCCAGCGGAUGCCACGACGGCCUCAGCGGAAGCGAAUGCGUGGAGCACCACAAGCACGGCGCCCGCGAAUGCCUCGACCCACACGUCGAAGUCUGGAGCUUGGUGGACUGGAGAGGCUCACACCCACCGCAGCGGCUACGGUGCCGAUCGCCGGAACGGCUAUCGUUCCGGUUCGCAGCAUCGAAACCGGAACAGGGACUGGACCAGCGAGACCGGAACGGCGCGGAGUUGGAGGAAGGACGCCACGGCACAGACCUGGGAAUCGUGGAGUGCACCGCGGGAGAGAGACACGCAGGGUGAGGCAUGGCACAACGGCACGUCCCGGUCCCACCGCGACCGCGACAACGGCACGUCCCGCCGCGCCCCGUCGCGGCCGCGCACGCGGGAGUGGGACGGAAGCAGCUGGCACGGAAACCGAUGGCAGGCUGAUGAUAAAAGUGAUUGGAAUGAACACCAUGGUCGAAAUGAUGAACGCGACUGGCAUGCACAGCAGCAGAACUACUCAUCACGGGAUGAUGGUCGCAGCAGGCAGUGGGACGAGUGGAAUGCACCCGCAGUGCGGGAAGAAGCCGCGAAGUCCUGGUGGGACACGCCUUCACAGAAUCACACAGCAUCGCGCGAGGGAGCGUGGGGCGGUGAGCAACGACGCGCCAGAGACGAGCGCGGAGAUCGAUGGAAGCCGCAGUCGUGGGAGACGCGUGACACGUGGCAAGAGGAUUGGCAUUUCAACCGCGCUCGCCCGACGCCGACCCACGACAAAGCGAGGGACAAUUGGGACAGCUGGAACGGGCGAGCCGCAGGCGCGACUCUGCCGGAUCGAGCCUGGACGACGCCGUCCACGUGGGGCGAGCAGCGGUCUUCCCAGCGGCAAGAGUGGCAUUCCGAUGGAGGCCGUGGAGGAACGCAAGGAUGGUCCGAAUGGUCUGCAGCUGAAGAGGCUGGGAAGGUGGAGCCGUGGAAGAAGUGGGCCCCGGAGGCCGCGCCGGAGGCCCCGAUGCAGUCCGAUUGGGGCGCCUGGUCAGUGGAUGAGCCGAAGAGCACUGAGGAGCUGUGGGCGAAUUGGAAGCCACAGGCUGCACCGCAGGCACCGCAGGCAGUCGAGACCUGGACACAGUGGGGGUCAGCGUGCCCCCAGGCAGAUGCGCAUCCCUCCGCAAUGCGGCCCGUGCUACACUUUCAAUGAUCGAAAAAAUGGUGUUCAGGGAUGGGCCAGAUUCGCAUGAAAGUCGAAGAAGGCCACGUUUGCCAGGUG